AUGGCUCAAGUAAAAGAAUGUAUACAAAAAGCAUAUGAAUGUUCGAAAGUACGUGACACCGUCGUUCCGAAAAGCUGUUUACGCAAACAAUCCAAGCAUAAUUGCAGAUGUAAAAGUAUCACAGCUUGCAAAGCAUUAAAGAAUGAAUACAAGUACGUGCAGCCAUGUCGGCCGGAUCUGUGUAUACCAGCACCGCAAACUCACCUGAGCGAUGCGCGGUUCGCUGACGAUUCCAUCUACAGUCGUUCAUUCUACCAACACGACGUCUGUCGUGCCAAGCCUGUCAUACAUCCUGACCAUAUAGUAAUGGCCGGUGAAUUUCAGGACGAAACGGUGCACAAGUUGAGUUACCCAGUACAAUGUGCGCCAGUUGUGCAAAAAAUCACGCCUAAGGACCAUUGUUUGACGGGCACGGGACCAAUGCGGCUGAUAACCACUCAACAACAUGAUUAUUACGGGCCAUGCGAUGCUGGCCGCCGAAAGAACAUUAUACCGAUAAGCAAUCUUAUCCGGUCUGAAUGUCCGAUGGCGGGGUUGACCACGACUAACUUAUCGUACCAGCCGGUGUGCGCCGGGCCGAUGGAGAAUUACAAACCACACACCUGUUAUACCGUUCCUGUGGAAGGCAUGGAUAUGAAUACCGUGCAAAGAUGCAGCUACAAACUUGUCGAACCCAAUGAAAAACUGCCUACUCCGUGGGCAGAAAAACUGGAAUAUUGUAAGCCGGAUGACGCAAUAGAAUGCUGUACGGUGUACAACUAUAGCUAUAAGGAACCGGGUGCAUAUAUGUUGGACGAUGGUUGUGGCAACACGCUUGAUAUUGUCGCAGAAAGUACUUUAGAAAACUGUUGUCCGCCUAGCUGCUUGGCUGAUAAUGUGGAUGACGAAUUUAAAUCGCGAUUCAUUAAGGCUCAUCAGUUUGAUGAUUAA